AUGAAGAUUCACAAUGGAGAAAAAACAUAUUGUUGUCAUGAAUGUGGUAAGUCGUUCUCUAGAAGAAGCAGUCUUCAGAGACACAGAAGAAGCAACACAGUAGAAAAACCUCAUUGCUGUUCAGAAUGUGGUAAGUCGUUCUCAAUAAGAAGCCAUCUUCACAUGCACAGAAGAAUCCACACAGGAGAAAAACCUCAUUGCUGUUCAGAGUGUGGUAAGUCUUUCUCAAUGAGAAGCCAUCUUCAGACGCACAGAAGAAUACACACAGGAGAAAAACCUCAUUGCUGUUCAGAGUGUGGUAAGUCGUUCUCAAUGAGAAGCCUUCUUCAGACGCACAGAAGAAUCCACACAGGAGAAAAACCUCAUUGCUGUUCAGAGUGUGGUAAGUCGUUCUCAAUGAAAAGCCAUCUUCAGACGCACAGAAGAAUCCACACAGGAGAAAAACCUCAUUGCUGUUCAGAGUGUGGUAAGUCGUUCUCAAGGAGAAGCAAUCUUCAGAGGCACAGAAGAAUCCACACAUGA